UCGUCUACCCGAGACCACUAAAGUGCAAGAAGUUGUAUUUUUUUAGACGUAUUGGUACUGUAAUUAACACUGUUUGUCUGCUGCUACUGCUGGUUGUCUGAAGUCGUCAAGGCAAUUCGUAAACAAUAUCGAGGUUGUGAUUUCAGAGUAUUAAAUUAUAAGUAACUUAUCAUUUAUUUAAAACUUUCGGUUUAAGAAAGCUGAGAUGGGAAUUAAUGAAACUGCAAAUUAUAUAUUGUUUUAUAACCCAAUAUCAAGUGGUGCCGCAGACAUUGUAAAGCUCACGGCUAUAACAGUUGUGGAGUCAUUUAAAAACAUCAUGUUGAGAGUAGCUUCAUUUUUUAAGAAACUUGAGAACAAGACUCACGCUCUUGGGAAUACAUUAGGAAAUCUUACUGCUUUGAUUGUGCCUAAACCUCAGCCACCAACAACAGUUGUGAUGGAACCGUUACCACUGUGGCAGCUGGCCAGCUCAGGUGGUUAUUAUGUCAAACUAGCAGGAAUACUUGGAGCUUCAGCAGUGGCUCUCGGAGCGUAUGGAGCACAUUCAACCUUCCCGAAAGAUGACAAAAUUGAGCUGAAAGAGGUAUUUGAACGUGCAAACAAGUACCAUUUUAUUCACUCCCUGGCAAUGUUGGGUGUUCCUCUUUGUCGAUACCCAAAAACGAGUGGGACAUUCUUCAUGCUCGGCAUUGCAAUGUUUUCUGGGACAUGCUACUACCUGGCAUUGACAGGGGAUAGAAGUUUCAAUAAAAUCACCCCAAUUGGAGGAAUAUGUUUCAUUCUUGGGUGGUUGGCACUGGCGUUGUAGAUUAGCUCUGUAACAGUUGUCUUAUUUUGUGAUAUUCUAGCAUAGCACAAGGACUAUUUUGUACAGUGAUUAGUUUAGUUUUAACAGUCUCUUAUGAGAGAAGCAUUAAUUGGGCUUAAAAUAAAAAAUUUGAAGUAUGGA